AUGGCGUCACCCAAACCCCCCCACCCCCAUCUGCAACCUCUCUUCUCUCAUCCCCCAACCACCACCACUCCUGGCCGCCCAGACCUAACCGCCGCGCCGCCAUCCCGACCGCCGACGCUCCCCCCUUCUUCUUCUCCUCCCUCCCCUUCUUCCCUUCCCCUUCUCCCCCUUCCUCCUCCCUCCACAACCACCAAACCCCACUGCCGCCGCCCCAUCACCGAGCCGCCACCACCGCGCCACCACCAGCCACCACAACACAACCAGCAACCCCUUCUCUCCCCCCUUAACCCUUAUCCACCCAAACCUGUCCCACCAUGGACCAUCGCCGUGCUGCCACCCAUCGCCGCCGCGUCACCAACACCACCACCACAUUCCCACCAUCUCUCUGUUCCAUACAUUUAUUCCUCUGCAUAUUAG